AUGGUUAUUCAUCGGAAACGCCGAGUUACCAAAAACAACGUGGGUGAUGAUGAUCGUGUCCUCACCAGAGCAAGGGUGGAUGUCAGAAAAACCCGAGGAAUUUUAGCCGAGAGGAUUCGAGAGAUGGGGGGGGAGGAACCCGCUGCUACUUCAACCAGUGAUCACAACCGACCUCAAGACGAAGGAGUGGUAGAGGAGAGGGGUUUAGUAAGACCUGAUUAUACAAACUUGUCAUUAUCAGAACUUCGACUCCAGAUAAAGCCUUUCAAAAUCGUGGGUUCAGGUGGGAUGCAAAAGGAGGAGUUGUUGCAGCUCUGUCAUCUUUUUUGCACGGAGCAAACCCCGGAGUCUGAAACGGGCCAGCGGGUUGUCACUCGUCUGCGAGGGCGAGCGAAUCGCAGUCAAGACGUGGCCACAGAGUUGCCCGAGCCGGAAGAUCUUUGUAAUCAAAGUGUUGAUGUCAACCAUGGGAGCCGGAGGGGUUCAUCUCGACGCUCAAGCAGAUCAGCAAGUCCUGAACGUGGACUCAUCAUGGAUACAGAAGAUGAACAGGUAUCAGGACGACGCAAGAGGAUAAAGAAUCGAAGACCCCCUAAUGACGACGACGCGGAAUCCGACACAGGAUCGGGGAUCCGCCUGGAUCAUUUCAUACCAGCGAGCAGAAGGCUUACCGAUAAGUCUGAGCUUGGAAUUAUACAAGAAAGGAGGUCGACGGUGGAGUUUCCAAGUCGUGAACGAGGCACAGCUCUACCCCGUCCAGCUCCGACCGUGCUACACUCAAAAGAUAAAGGAAAGCAACGGGCUGUGUCUGAAUCCGACUAUGAGCCUGAUGAAGAAGAAAUCGGCGAUGCUUCUGAUGAAGAGAACAUUGACGAGCCAGAUGAAGAUGGCAUCGACGAGCCAGAUGAAGAUGGCAUCGACGAGCCAGAUGGAGAUCCGAUGUCGCAAGACGAUUCUUCCAAGGAAAUGUACGGCAACAUUGAUCAAAUCUUGGAUGGCCUGGACGACAUGAACCUGCCGGAUCCCAAUGCAUACCCUUCGGACGACGAUUCAAUGUCGCAUCACGGAGAAAGCGAUCGGUUCAAGCGGUUGGAACUUGCACAAAAAGAAACCAACCAAAACGUUGCUCAAAUAGCAACUGCUGUUCGCGAAAUAGCCGAGACGGUGAAGAAAAUGCAGCAUGAUGCUUCUUCAGGUUCAGGACGUCGGGGUCGUGGUGGAACUCAAGCUAAAAAUCUGCUUGGCAGUGAUUUUUUGCGUCGAAUUCGAACGCAUAUCUGGACCCUAAUGGGAGUCAAAAAUGAGGGCCGGGUGCCUCCUAGCGCGAGUGAGCAUGAGAGGUCACGGUGGAAGCGAAAGAUACCAAAAAACUUCGUGAAUUCAUCUUUGAAUCUGGAGGAAGCGGAACAGGUCGAUGACGAAAGGGAUCCGCGCUUUCCCUACCGAGGCGGACCUGGUGGCGAAAACUCUAACCCACAAGUUCUGCUCAUCAUGUGGAAAAUGAUGAAUAGCGUUGGUGUUAAAUCCUUUCGACCGAUCUGGGAGGAAAGGAUGGGUUCUCCGGAAAACAAGUUCCUUUGGCAACUAGCGACUGCGAUCUUUCUCCGAUUAGUUAAAUGUGGCGAAUACGAUGAUGUUACUAAUGAUCAAGCAAAACCUGCGGUGGUGCAUGCUGCUCUCGCAAAGCAUGCACGGCAAAGACUACAACGAAGCUUUCGCGAAUACAACUCCUUGUCGAGGGCCGAACUCGAGGCCCGUCAAAAAGAUGGGGUUCGACACAGCAGGCUGAAUGUGUGGAAGAAUCGCAGAUGUGAAACUGCUAUAGCUUUACAGGGAAUGUGGUCAUUGUGUCCUUUUAUCAAGGCGGCUUCAAGUGACGAUGAGACGGACGAAGACGAAGAAUUUUCAGAAGAAAAGCAGAAGCGCUGCAGAGUCCUUCGGCUGCCAUGGCGGAGUGCUGCUCUGGAGGAUCUUCUAGUACGACUCGAUGCCUACCACAAGCGAAAGAAAGAAGAAAGUCCAAAGGGGACUCGUGGAGCAAAACCUCGAAUCAGGAUACGUGACGAUGAAGAGGAUAGAAAGGAAAGUCGAAUACCUGCUCCGGAAGGGCUGCCUAUAGAUUGCUACUCUCCAGAAUGGCUCUCUACGCUGGAUCCUGAAGAGCGUGAAGAGCUGGGAAUUAUUGAGGAAACAAAACUGACAUACUUUCAAAGAUUGGCAAGUGAGCUGGGGGUGUGA